AUGUACGACUGGACAAACGAAUUGUCAGUUAAGUUUAUGGAUAAUUAUCAAUCUCAACCGAUUUUAUGGGACCCAAAGCUCCGGGGUCAUAAAGACAAAGCUAAAACAAACGAUGCCUGGACCAAAAUCAGUAAGGAAUUAAAUAUACCCAUUGAAGAGCUGAAGAAUAAAAAAAAUUCUAUUAUGGCAACAUUUCGGGGACACUUAAGAAAAAAAAAGGCUUCAAUCAGAUCAGGAGUUGGACAAAAUAAGGUUUAUCAGCCAAUAUGGUUUUUGUUCAACCAUAUCAAUAGUUUUUUAGGGACUAUCAACGAUUGUAACUCUACGAUUAAUACUGAACAGGUACGUAAACUACUAUCAAAACUUUUACUGAUUAAGAAUAUUGAUACUCAUCUAUAUCAAUAA